GGGGGCGCGUUGGGGUGCGGAGUGGGGUGUGCGGAAGGUAAUUAGUGGGGUGUGUGGGGACCGGGGUGUGUUGGGGGGGCGGGUGGUAGGGUGUUGGGAGGGUUUGGCUGGUGGGUUUUAGGGUCGCGGUGGUUUUAGGGUUGUCGGAGUGGGGAGUGUAGAGUGCUGGUGGUGCAGGGGUAAGGCUUUAGGGUUCUCGUUUGUAGGGCUUUAGGGUGCUGGGAGUGAGCAGGGUACGGGCAUAGGGUGCUUGGGGUGGGGGUGUUAGGAUGGUGGGGGACAGGGUGGUGCUGGGGGUGCAGGAGGUAGGAUUGGGGGGGUGCUGGAAUGGAGGCUUCAGUGUGUUGGGGGAUAGGGCUUCAAUGUGCUGAGGUUGUAGGGUGCUGGGCAGGCAGGGUCCUGGGGGUGGAUGGAGGUGAGCUGUGGGCUGUGGGAUUGGAGUUUUAGGGCGCUGUGUGUGCAUAGUAGGGCAGGCAGGGUACAGGGUUGUAAGAGGUUGGGCCUUCAGGGUGCUGGGAGGGGUGCUUAUAGGGAGCUGGGUGUGCGGGAAAUAGGAUCUUCGGGUGGUGGGAUGUGAAGUUUUAAGCUAAUGAGAACGAGUUUAUGAGAGGAUGGGUUGAGUUGGCUUUCUCAUGGCUGCUCCACUAAGCCAUUUAGCUAAAAACAAGCUGAGACCAGAAAUGGGGUGACCUCACCCCCCUCGGGUCCCUCAGCAGGGCCCUGGUCCUGUCCUCGAGAGGAUGUGGUUGCAUGGCCCUGCUCCCUGCGGUGACCCUGCUGCUACCUGCACUGCUCCUUGCUGUUCUCACGCUGCGUGAGAACACCCUUCUUAUCCCCCCCCCCCCCCCCCCAUUGCUAUCGUAUUGGGAGCUGUGUGCCUCUACAGUGUCACUUCUUUAGGUGACAGCAUAGUUCCUAUGGGGCUGAUCCCAAAAAGAGGAGCCGUUGCAAGGCAGCCUGUUGCUGCGACAGAGCUUUGAGCGGCGGCAGGAGGAUAAAGGAUGUGUGACCGCAAUGGUGGCAGGCGGCUGCGGCAGUGGCUGAUCGAGCAGAUUGACAGUGAGCAGUACCCGGGGCUCAUCUGGGAGAAUGAGGAGAAAACCAUGUUCCGCAUCCCCUGGAAGCACGCAGGGAAGCAGGACUACAACCAGGAGGUGGACGCUUCCAUUUUCAAGGCUUGGGCUGUUUUCAAAGGCAAAUUCAAAGAAGGUGACAAAGCAGAGCCGGCCACCUGGAAGACACGGCUGCGCUGUGCCUUGAACAAGAGCCCUGACUUUGAGGAGGUGACAGACAGAUCCCAGCUGGACAUCUCUGAGCCCUACAAGGUGUACAGGAUCGUGCCAGAGGAGGAGCAGAAAUGCAAAAUCGGUGUUGGGAACGGGAGCAGCCUGACUGACGUUGGAGACAUGGACUGCAGCCCCUCUGCCAUCGAUGACCUGAUGAAGGAGCCUCCUUGUGUGGAUGAAUACCUGGGGAUCAUCAAGAGAAGCCCCUCACCUCCACAGGAGACCUGCAGAAACCCCCCAAUACCAGACUGGUGGAUGCAGCAGCCCAGCCCCUCUUUGCCCCUGGUGAAUGGGUACACUGGCUAUGAGCAGCAUCAUUCGGGCUACUCCCAGAUGGUGAUCACCUUCUUCUACAGCGGGAGGCUGGUGGGGCACAUCACCACCUCGUAUCCUGAGGGCUGCAGGCUGUCCCUCAGCCAACCCUCUAACCACGGUGAGAAGCUCUACACCCCUGACAGCCUGGAGCACGUGAGGUUCCCCUCAGCCGAAGCCAUCCAGAAUGACCGUCAGAAGCAGAUCACCAAGAAGCUCUUUGGGCACCUAGAGAGGGGCGUCCUGCUGCACAGCAACAAGCAGGGCAUCUUCAUCAAGAGGCUGUGUCAGGGAAGGGUCUUCUGGAGUGGGAACACGGUGGUGUACAAGGACAGGCCAAGCAAACUGGACCGGGAUGAGGUGGUGAAGAUAUUCGACACCAACUUGUUCUUUAGAGAGCUGCAGCAGUACUACAACAACCAGGGCCGCUUCCCAGACAGCAGGGUCAUGUUGUGCUUUGGAGAGGAGUUCCCAGACACGGUGCCACUGCGGUGUAAGCUCAUCCUUGUCCAGGUGGAGCAGCUGUGCGUCAGGCAGGUGAUGGAGGAGGCCGGCAAGACCUGCAGCAGCCCCAUGCUGCCUGAUGACGUGCAGCAGGAGCAGGUGUACAGGAUCUUCCAGGACAUCUGUGGGCCGCACCAACGGCCGCUGUUCAGAGAGAACCAGCAGAUCGCCGUGUGAGCCUCCGUGGGCACAGCGUGGGGUCUGGGUGACUCCAGACCAGUUGGGAUCCAUUAGUGCCUAAAAAUUCCCCUUUGUUUGGCGAGUUGGUUCAUGAUCUUAGCUGUCUCCAGUCCAAAAAUCUGCGUAAGCACAGCGGUCCAAAGUAACAGCCCCUUUUGGUCUGAGAACCGCCAUUGGAAGGAGGUGGCGACUCCUGGAAAGGCCUUACGGUGCUCAAAUGCAGCAAAUCCUUAGCAGAAGUAAUUCUUUUUCUUUUUUCCCCCAAAGAAUUUGCAAUCCUGCUGAAGUCUGUGGUAUGCCUUCCAUGGGGGAAAAAAACCUCCUCGAGGCCCUCUUUAUUUUUGCAGUGAGGUUUAUAUUUUUGUCUGUCAUAUUGGAAGUAUUUUGAAAUUCAGAGAGGGAUGCAGAAAUUCUGUAUGUAAAUGUUGACUAUGAGAACGUAGGGAUCUUAACUUCUCCCACCCCAAACCAGAGUUUAUAUAAACAGAUAUCUUCUAUUUUAAAGAUAGCAGUGUAGUGUUCAUAGGUUGGCUUCACCCUCCCAAAGUGCAUGUGUUGGUCUCUCCCAAGCAUGAGCAGGCAGCAGCUUCCAUGUGUCAAUCCUCAUUAACGUGCUUUGUGUGUGUGCCCAGCGCUGGGGAGCUCCUUGGGCAUGGCCUUGUGCCUUGCAGCUGCCACAAAGCACCAUGGACCAAAGGACCUUGCGGAUGUGCAUGCAAUGAGGCUGCCUAUUUAUUUGAUGCCUAAGAUUUUGUUAAAUGGUUUUGUAAUUUCUUUUUUUUUUUUUUGUACCUUCCUGCAAUUAAAAGUGCUAUAUUUUGUA